AUGUUCGGAGGAUCUUUAGCAAGAUGCCUCGGACCAACUCAGAUAGAAUAUGUGAUAAGAGAAGUACACGAGGUACAUUGUAGAAAUCACACAGGAGGAAGAUCCUUGCUAAAGACUUUAAUUAGAGCAGGAUACUACUGGCCAAAAAUGGAAGAAGAUGCAGAAAGUUUUGUGGCAAAGUGUGAUAAAUGCCAACGAUAUGGCAAUAACAUGCAUCGCCCAGCAGAGCUAUUACAUACGGUUAUUUCCCCAUGGAUAUUCAUGAAGUGGGGGAUGGAUAUCGUGGGACCAUUGCUACAAGAUAAAGGAAAGAAGAGAUUAGAGAAAUCAAAAGGCAAGUGGCCUGAGGUGCUACCAGCAGUAUUAUGGGCUUAUCGAACGAUAGCAAAGACAGGCAUGGGAGAGACUCUAUUUUCACUUGUUUAUGGUGCUGAAGCCUUAAUUCCUGUUGAAAUAGGUGAGCCAAGUAUGAGAUUUACACAAGCAACUGAUGAAUCAAAUGAUGAAGAGAUGAGAACGAAUUUAGAUUUACUCAAGGAAAAGAGAGAAGCGACUCUAAUAAGAAUGGCAGCUCAGAAGCAAAUUAUUAAGCGAUAUUACAACAUGAAAGCUCAUCUCAGAUACUUCAAGAUUGGGGACUUCGUUCUCAAUAAGGUUUUUCAAAACAACAAAAGCAAUUGGUGCAUAGAAGUUGAGUCCAAAUUGGGAAGGUCCUUACAAGAUUCGAAGCAUCGCUGGAAAAGGGGCUUAUGA